UGCUUUGGUAAAAACCCAAUAAACACCCAUAAACUCCCAUAAUCACCCAAAAAAAUAGGUUUUUACGUAUUUUUUUGAAAAUAUGUAAGUAAUACCAAUAAAUUAUUUUUAUAAAUUGUAUUGAUCAAUUCUACAAUAUUAAAUAAAACGUUAACUAAUAAUAUUUCAGGAAAUUUUAAAAAUCUAUAUAUAAUAAAAUGAAAGUAAUUAAUUUUCAGUGUUUUCAUGUUGCAGUUGAUCAACAUGUUGGCCUUUUGCUUCCCGUAGAUACUUUAAAAUUUCUUCAUAACACCUCGUUCGCACACAUGGCCGUAUAUAUUUAAAUUCUUGAGCCACUAACAGUCCGAAAUACUCAUUUCUUUUAUCCUCUUCUCCAUAAAUUAAGCAUUUAGAACAGUUUGUUUCUUCUUUCAGUAAAUUUUCUUUUACUUUAUCCUCGUUUUUUUCUUUGUUGCGACGACGCUGGGUAAAUCAUCUGGACACUGGGUCUCACUAUCGCCAAAUAUAUUUGGAGAUCGGCUUCGGCUACGGCUUGGCAGACAUUUUUUUCUUUCUACAAUUUUAAAUUAAAUUUAUUAGAAUAAAUGCUUCGAACACACGCGAUCUAAGUACCUUUUGUGUUUAUUAUACCUUACCUACCUAGGUAUAAAAAGAGUACUUACGUAGAUUUUCUUUUAUUAACUGUUUUAUACGAAGAUCUUGAUCUCUCAAAUUAGCAUCCAUUUUACUUCCAGUGAUUAUCAACUAAAUUAAUAAUCCACAAAGUAUUAAAUAACGUUUUUAUGAAAUAUUUAGCACAAAAACAAUACCCUUUAAAUAUCGAUCGUCAGUAACUGUGGCUGACUUACCUAUAUUCUAGCAAGCAGGACUGCCAGAUGUGAAGGGGAAAUCCCCAAUAAAUUGUUGCAUGUGACUGAUGAUGUGAGCAUGUUCGUUUCAUAAUAAAAAUGUUGCCAGGUAACCAAAAAGUCGUAUGUUUUUGUGCGAAUUACGAUCAUAAUCUUUACGAUCGUACAUUAAAAAAUAGACAAAUAAUAGUAUGAGUACGAUUUAAAUCGUAUAUCUGUCAACCCUGCUAGCAAGACAGCGACAAAAUCACGUUGCAUAACAAUGUAGCCCAAGCUUAUAUCUUAUGAAAUAUACGGAAGAGAUACGGACUUAGAAAAAACAGAAAUGUUGUUCUUUGUGGAAGUCAUUGAUGAAAUUCUAUGUAUUUUAGCCCGCAAACUUUCUUCAAACAAAAACAGCGCCAUCUAGUAUCGAGUUCUGUAAUUAUCUCUUUGUUUAUGGAUUUGAAGUAAGACCGCCACGCAUGCAAUACAUUAUGACUGGGGAUUCCCCUAUUCGUCGACGCUGAAUAUGAGGCGACGACAAUCACUGUCAAACGUGUUCACUAUUACUCUGACUCUGGUAACGUGACUUCCUGGUAACGUGUUAGGUAGGAAAAGCAGUAAAAAAGUGCAUAUUAAGGGAGCAGAUUUGAAAUAAUAUUUAUACUUAACAAGAAAUAAUUAAAGGUUCAAUGGGGAGACCUAAAGAUUUACGCAUAUGGGAGCACUACCGUACUUUACCAAACAAGUCUGUUUCUUGCAAGCUUUGUAAUAAGGUCUACAAAUUCAGUAAUGCUGCCAAAAUGCUUCAACAUCUUAUCACUUGUCCAAAAUCUCCAGAAACAUUAAAAGACUCUAUGAAACUUAUAAAAGAUAGCUCGUCCAAAACCAAAAUGUCUGGACUGUCAGAGAUAGAGACAAAUGAUUCUUUUAUAAGCCCCUCGUCGUCUGCUAACACUACAAUAAAUGCUGAGUUUCAAGACACCGAUGAUCAUAUAAAAACAGAAUUAGCGAGAGCUAUAUUUGUAACAGGGACGCCAUUAUCGAUGGUGCAACAUCCUUUAUGGAUACAAUUUUUCGAAAAAUUGCAACCAAAAUUUAAAAUACCUUCACGUAAAGCUUUAGCGACAAAAUACUUAGAUAAAAUAUAUAGAGAAAUGCGUUUUGAGUUAAAUGAGGAACUAAAUGCUUGUAGUUACUUACACCUUCAGUGCGAUGGCUGGUCUAAUUUAAGAAAUGAAGGAAUAAUAAACUUUCUUAUAUCAAAACCUCAACCUGCAUACGUUAAAAGUUUGAAUACAGAAAGUAAUCCUCACACUAGUGAAUACCUUAGCCAAGAAGUUGAAAAAGUAAUGAAAGUGUAUGGAGCAAAUAAGUUUCUUGUACUUAUUGGCGAUAACGCUAGAAAUAUACAAAAGGCAUUCGAAUUAACAAAACUCAAAUAUCCACAUGUUGUUCCUCUCGGUUGCUGUGCACAUAUCCUUAACUUGUUGUGCCAAGAUAUUGUAAAGAUACAAGAAGUAACUGUGUUUAUUAUGCAAGCCAUAAAUAUAAUAAAAACUGUUAAAAGGAGUCAACGAUUAAGUUCCUUGUUGAUAAAAUCAAGGCAGGGUGAAGAUUCUACACAAACACUAAAAUUGCCUUGUGCUACAAGAUGGGGAAGUCAUGUUACUUCGUUAAAAAGUUUGAAAGCAAAUAAGAUAGCUUUGCAAAUAUUAACAGUUAGAGAAGAUGUGGUAAUUUCAAGAGAUAUUAAAGAUUUAAUUCUAAGUGAUGAUUUCUGGACGAAGACAGGGGAAUGUAUAAGUAUUUUGGAACCAGUCACUGAAAGCAUAUUUUACUUAGAGAGCGACCAGAAUCGUUUGCAUCGCACAUACAUUACAUUUAGAGAUGUACAAGCUAAGAUACGUUUUGCAUUAAAUGAGAUUUCGACAUUGAGCGAAGAAAGCAAACAGCAGAUUCUAACAUCAGUAUCUUCAAGAUGCAAUAUGGCAAUGAGGCCAAUACAUUUUGCAGCAUAUAUUCUAGACCCCAGGACUCUAGGAGUCGAACUUACUCAAGAGGAAGAACUUAAGGGUAUGGAGUUUAUCUACAAUUUAAGCCAACACUUAAGUUUGUCAAAUGUAAUGGCAGAUUUGGCGUGUUAUAAAGCUAAAGAAAACUUUUGGGCCAGAGGAUUUGUAUGGAGCUCAUUAGAUAGCAUUGAGCCCCUAAUAUGGUGGAAAGGUAUUUGUGGUUCCACUGAGUUAAGCAAAGUAGCGAUUCGUAUUCUAUCAGCUCCCUGUACUUCGGCAGCCACUGAGCGUUCCUUUAGUAUCCAAGGCUACAUACAUAAUAACAAAAGAAAUCGACUUACAACUGAAAGAACUGAAAAAAUUUCAUUCAUUUGUUAUAACUGGAAUCUUAAACAUAAAGCUGAAUGCGAGGACAUUCAGUUUAAUGAAGAAAAUACCUUAGAAGCUUUCAUUGAGCAAGUAAAUGAACAUAACAGUUUAGACGAAAUAGAGCCUAUCGAACCUAUACAAUUCAUCGCUUGUAAUAACUCUGAAUCUGACAGUGAUUGACUGUAGUUUUACAUUUUACUUUCAUCUCUUUCUUAAUAAACUCAAAAUCAAAUUAAAAGUUUUUUAUUCUGUAGGCUGCAUAAUAAUAUUGUCUAUGUCCAGUAUAGUGGACGUCUUGCGGCUGAGAUGACGAUGAUGAAGUACAAAAUCAUAAACACCCAAAAAUUUGGGUGUUUAUGGGGUUUAAACCCAAUAAACCCAAAACACCCGGUUUUUACCCACCAGACUUUAAACCCACCCAGGUGGAUUGCCCAUCU